AUGGCUUCAAAAACUGUGGUUUCUAAAAUGUUUUCUGAGAUGAACAUGCCAUCAGCUAAAACACUAGUGUCCACAGCAGCUUCUCUGGCUGCGUCGGCCAUGGUCGUGCGGUCGGUGGCCCGGGAUUUAAUCCCAUACGAACUCCAACAAUACGUCCAUUUGACAAUCCAAAGUUUCUUCAGAUCAUUUUCUUCAGAAAUCGUCUUGAUCAUUGAAGACUCCAAUGGCCUCUCAAGUAAUCAAAUCUAUAACGCCGCUGAAAUCUACUUAGGGACGAAGAUCUCACCCGGCACGAACAAGUUCAUGGUUAGCAUGCCCAAAAUGGAGACUAAGAUAUCGACUACGAUGGCUAGGAAUCAAGAAAUCUUGGACAUUUUCAAUGGAGUGCACUUCAAAUGGAGGCAAAUUACCAGGCAAGUUGAGUCGAAACGUGCCACGGGGUACCCAGGACAUAACGUCCAGCAAUCGGAACUUAGGUACUUUGUGCUUAGGUUUCACAAAAAACAUAAACAGAUGGUAUUUGAGUCCUACUUCCCUUUCAUUUUACAAGAGUCGAAGAAAAUUGAAGAAGAGAAGAAAACCCUCAAAAUUUAUACUUUAAAUGGUGAUUAUAUGCGUAGAUACUCGUCUGACUAUUCGUGGAAUUCUGUAAAGCUUGAUCAUCCAGCAACAUUCGAUACACUGGCAAUGGAUACGAGGCUAAAAACGAUGAUUAAGGACGAUCUUGAUAGGUUUGUUAGAAGAAAAGAUUUCUAUAGGAAAGUUGGAAAAGCUUGGAAACGCGGGUACUUGUUGUACGGUCCUCCAGGCACAGGGAAGUCGAGUUUAAUAGCAGCAAUGGCUAAUUACCUUAAUUUCGACAUUUAUGACUUGGAGUUGACUGAUAUUCAUGCCAAUUCAGACUUGAGAAAGUUGUUGGUUAACACGAAAAACAGGUCAAUACUCGUAGUCGAGGACAUUGAUUGCAGUCUUGAAAUACAAGAUCGAAAGGCAGAAGAACGAGCUCUGAAAAUCCUUCAAUCUAGUCAAGCUAGCCAAGCCCAAACUGUAAACAUCGUACGACAAAACAAGCCUAAUCAAGUAACAUUAUCAGGGUUACUUAAUUUCAUCGAUGGCCUUUGGUCGAGUUGUGGAGAUGAAAGGAUUAUAGUGUUCACGACGAAUCAUAAAGAUCGACUUGACCCUGCUUUGUUGCGUCCUGGUAGGAUGGAUUUGCACGUUCAUAUGUCUUAUUGCACUCCGUGUGCAUUCAAAACACUAGCAGAAAAUUAUCUUGGAAUUACAGAUCAUUUUCUGAUUCCUCAAAUUAACAAUUUGCUAGAGGAAACAAAUGUAACACCUGCAGAAGUUGGUGAACAACUGUUGAGGAAUGAAGAGAUUGAGAUUUCACUUGGUGGCCUAGUUGAGUUUCUACAAGAGAAAAAGAGGGAAACUGAUGAACAAGAGGCUAAAGAAUUGCCACAAAAACAAGAACAAGAACAUGAAGGUCAAAGUGUUGACGGUCCAAAUUGA